GUUCUUACGUGUGUCACUCACAUCAUGAGUUACACAAGUGGGCGUGUGUAUAUAACUGAAGCGCGUGUUUGUGUGAGUAAAAGAAAAGCAUUGAGAAAUGUCGUCCGUCGAUUUGACUAAGUUAGGAGCUAACCAGCUUAAAAACAGCACGUCUGGAGAGAUGGUGGAGGUGAGCUCUCUGUGGCGGGAACAGACGGUGAUCCUCUUCUUUCUGAGGAGGUUUGGUUGUCAGGUGUGUCGAUGGAUGGCAGCCGAGGUCAGUAAACUAGAGAAGGACCUGACAUCUAAUGGUGUCGCUCUGGUUGGUGUUGGACCUGAAGAGGUGGGACAAGAGUUUAAGGAUGGAGGAUUUUUGAAGGGAGAAAUCUACAUUGAUGAGAAGAAACAAUGCUACAAAGAUUUGGGCUUUAAAAGGUACAAUGCCAUUAAUAUAGUUCCUGCUGCAAUGGGAAAGCAAGUACGCGAAAUCGCCUCAAAGGCUAGCGCCGAAGGAAUUCAAGGAAACUUUAGCGGGGAUCUUUUGCAAAGCGGUGGCAUGCUCAUAGUCGCUAAAGGUGGAGAGAAGGUUCUGCUUCAUUUUGUCCAGAAAACACCAGGAGACAGUGCAUCUCUUGAGGACAUCACCAAAGCUCUUGGGAUUUCAACCAGUAUCCAGGCUGGUGAAAAGCCACAGUGUAAUGAAGAUGUUUGCACCAGAUAGAAGAUUCAGUGAUCUUCAGGUGAUGACUGAAGAGCUCCACACUUUGAUGGAUGAACCUCAUGAGUGUUUUUGGUGAUUUUUGUCUUCAAAAUCAUAUGAAGAUUAACAUAUUCUUACAAAAUGUGAAUGUAAAUUUAUAAAUGUAAUUAUUUCAUCAAACUCUUUAAAAUUGCUCCGGUUAUUUAUCAAUUUACUGAUUUGUAAAUGUAUGCAAGUAUUUGUCUGUGUAAUAGUUAGUGUUUGGUAGUAAUGAAGCUCUCACAGUAGCCAUCCAAUGAUUUAACACUAAUCUAACGCCUGUCAAAUAGACUGAAAUGGUUUAAGCUGGUAAUAGUCAAUUAUCCUCUGUAACAGCUGUACAUGUUUGUAUUUUUAUUGUGUGCUCGAGUUAACAGAUGCUCUGUUCUUAUGAUUUCUAAACUUUUCCAAACUGAAAAUUGACGAAUGUGAUUAUUUUAUAAGAUUAAUAAAUGUAUUCUUAUUCUU